CCUGAUCCAGACGUGCUUCCACGGAUAUGGUGGUGCGCCACCGGACCACUCGCCUUCCUCCCAAUCCAUGCAGCUGGAAUAUAUGGUCCGGAAUCGGGAGAUUCACAGCUCAUCUCUUAUCCGUCAUCCAAUCCUCAGCACCUGGAGCAUCUUCUAUUCCCAAUACCAAACGUGAAUUGGACUUUAUCCGACAACGCCUCGCCGGUCGCGACCAUAUCAUGCUCGAAGGCGAGGCAGCCAGAUGAACCGACAAAGAGUGCGCUUCUUCUCCAAGACGGCCACCUUACGCUCGAGGAAAUCAUCAAACUCGAACUUCCUCGAGCCGAGUUUGCGUUCUUAUCCGCUUGUCAAACAACGGCAGGAGACGAAAAUCUGUCGGAGGAAGCGCUCGCGCCUGUGGUGACGGACGAGUUCUAUAGACAUAUCAUGAAGGAAGGGGACCGACCCGACCCCAGGAAGGCGGCAGAGGCGUUGCACAUGGCUAUACAAAAA